AGUUACUCUUUUUAAUUUCCCCUAUUUUCCUUUUCACAUUGUAGAUCCAACCCAUCCUUCUCUGUCCCUUUAUAUUAUAUAACUAUAUAUACACACACUCAGCUCCCUCGGCCACCCAAUUACUGAAAAAGGAAUGGAUCCCCUGUCGUCGACGGCGGCGUUGCUUCUCGACGAGACGGUUUCCGUCGCCGGAGACGACGUGUCGGGGCCGCUGUCCUUGGUAUGGGGGGAGAUUACCGGGCUCGGGCUGCCGCUUCUGGUGCCGGCGAUCAACGCCGCCGUGUGGGUCUGCUUGGCAAUGUCGACGAUGCUGUUCGUGGAGAGGGUGUACAUGGGUGUGGUCAUGCUCUUCGUGAAGCUGCUCCGCCGGACGCCGGAGAAAAGAUUCCGGUGGGCGCCAUUGGAGGGUGACGUCGAGCUUGGAAAUGCGGCUUUUCCCAUGGUUCUCGUUCAGAUCCCAAUGUACAACGAGAGAGAGCUGGGUGGGUUGACCGGGUCUGACCUGGACACACUCGACCCGUAACAAAAUACACACAACAAGAACACAAUGUAUGACCUAGACCGGGUAAGUCUCCUCAAUCCGAAUUAUAUUUCUUACUCUAUCUCAAGAGUGAACUUUAGUGAGAGAAAAAUUGGAUCCCCUUCUCUAUCCACAAUCAUCAUAUUUAUAGAGAAGGAUUUGUGAUCUUCCCCUGUUCAUUCAUGGACAAAAUAUGAAGCACGUGGGAAAGUCACUCUAGUUAAUGGAAGCACUGUACAAUCAUAGAUUUUAAUAGCUACAAGCCAAGAUACUGUUUAAUCAAAGACUAUAAAUGGAUAUUCUCAAUCCAAUCAACCCUGCAAGAUGACAAACAUUCCUUUCACUGUAUGCCUCGUGAUGGAUGAGCGGCGGGGUGUUCCCU